CGUAUAUUUAAGUUAUCCACAGUUUUUUAUUUUAACAUCUUAGCGAUUAUAACAAAAAACAUAUAUAUUACUAUCAAGUUUAAGGACAGCUUGAAGUGGCGGAUAAAGAAGGGGAUUUAUUAAGUUAUACCGUAGAUAAAUUGAAUAAUCUGCUACAAAUAAACUUAGAUAAAAAAUACAUUAAUAACUCCUCCCCCUCGCUGCGCCACUGGGUUAAGUUUUAAGGAUGACAAUAAAUAUUGUCAUUAUAUAAAAAGCAUGGUAUAAAAAAUAAAAGGUAGGAUAUCAACAGUGUCAAAAAUAGGACGGCCACGCGCAUAACGUCACGCGUAGAGUUUGUAUAGGCGCGAAUUUAAAAAUACUGACGAAGUGUGAGGAAAAUAUAUGUUACUUACAGAAACUUGAUGAAUAUUAAGGAUAAUAUUUUAGAAAUUACAUGAAAUAUAGUUAAGGAAAGAACUAUGAAGGAACAUAAAUGCAAAUACAUACAUAAAAGAUAUAUUUUUUUGAACAGUUUUUCCUUUUUUAUUUAAUGAUUUAUUUUGAUUAUACAAAUUCGACUUCUAAAGGAUAGUUUUUAUAACCAGGAUAAUGAAAUAAAGGGUAUCUUUACAACUCGAAAUUGGGGACAAAAAAAUGUACCAAAUACAAAUAACUGCUACAUGAAAUAUGGUGGGUACAUAUACAAAAUUAAAAUAAAAUGUCCCUGCAUUUUUCCUGGAUCUAGUCACUGGCAGUUUUUUAAUUCAUUCAUCAAGUACAAGUCGAACAUUUUUUUUGUGAUAUUUACAAUUUCACUUUUACUUAUAUUGCGAAAUUAUCCUUCAAAGGGUAGAGUCUCCAGUUUAGAAAUCACACUGGUUCAUUUACAAUUACACAUUAUGUGAAGUUCUGAUUUGAGGUCCCUAAUUGGAAGGUUGAAAAUGCUUCGUAUACAUAUGAAAAUUUAUCUGCAGAAUCACAAGCCACUGCAAAGGCUGCGUCAUGUCGAAUUUUCUUGAGAAGGAGGGUAGAAUUGACUAUUUAGCAUAUUUGUUUUAAUAAAAGGCUCAUAGAUUUUAAGAAUUUUAGUCAAGGGAACGGCAUGCUCCCCUGGGCCUCCACUAGAGCCGCCCUUGGGCUACUCCUUACUUCUGACUAAGCUCUUACUGUCGAGGAUAACGAAAAACCAUGAUAUCUUUCUUGAAUCCUUUCCUUUAAUUGUUACUGUUACAUCUGUACCGCAAUUUUUCAAUGUUCUUUACUAAAACCACUCACAGAGAACAAAGUUUACAACAUAAUAUAAUACAAAUAUUUGCUUAAUAUCUUAUAAAUCACUAUAAACGAUUCACAAAUUACUGCAACAUGCGUCUGUUAUAUAAUAUUUAUUUCGCGCCAACUCUACUAACUCUACGCAUGACGUCAGCGCCGCCAUGACACCAUGCGCGAUAUCCCCCCCUGUAUAAAAAGCACUGUUUCAACAUAACAUUUUCUUGGACAUUUAAUUGACAAAUGCGCUAGUUCAGUGAUGAUGUAAUUAUGGUUCCACUGACAAUUAAAGUGAGUAGAUUUUUAGAGUGCGUUUUGUUUACCUAAAUUAUAUCGUUUUUUCACUUUCAUAGAUAUAUUCCUAAAGUAAGUAGAUAACAUGCAUCAAAUAUACAAUCGUUUAGUUACCAAUUACAUACCUUUCAACUAUUUUUUAUGACCUGUAAACAAUAUUUAGAAAUAAACUUAAAACAUUAAAAACGUAUAUGUCAAAUUUAUUGAUGUUUUUGUUAAAAUUUUGGUUAGAAUUAAAUGUCAGUGGAACCAAAAUGACAUCACACUGAACUAGCGCAUACCUUUAGUCUUACUUAUGAAGACUAGAGAUAGUCUUACUAUACAGAUCGAAUGAUGUUUGACAACAAAAUAGACAAAUAAUUAGUAAAGGGGCCAAAGGCAAAUAAUGAAAUGAGUUCGGACGAUUUAUUUGAGAAACUAAAAAUUUUUAUAUUAACUGAAAACAACAGAUAAAUUGAUAAGUUAAUGCAGCAUAUAGAUCAACAAAAUUUGGAAAUCAAAACAGCGGUGGAAAAAGAGGCUAGAAGAAGGCACAAAAUCAAGAAAGAACUAGAAGACGAAAAAUUUAAAAACUUACAGAUUCAAAAACAAAUUAGAAAGAAUGACAUAAUAGUAUUCAACUUGGAAUACAAAGAAGGGGAUUUAUUAAGUUAUACCGUAGAUAAAUUGAAUAAUCUGCUACAAAUAAACUUAGAUAAAAAAUACAUUAAUAACGUAUUCACUAUUGGUAAAACAGAAGAAAACAAACCAAUUAUCAUACAAUUUGAACAUUACUGGACCAAAAAGAAUAUCUACGGCAGCUGCAAACUUCUGAAAGGAACCAAAAUUAGAAUUUCUGAAAUCUUGACAACAAAAGAAUUUACAGGAACAGAAAGUACUAGUACACUACAUGAAGAAGGCUAAACAAGAAAACUGUUUAGCUCAUAUAAAAGGAAAUAUUCUAUAUAUUAACGGCCAGGCCUAUACUUCAGAAAACCUAAAAUCAGCUUCUCAGCAAAAAACAAUAGAAUCAACCCAUUCCCUAAAAAACGACAAAGUACAAAAAGAGCACAUAGACGAAGCAUAAAAUAAUAAAAAAGAACAAAUAUUAAAUAACACUGAUGAAAGAAAAAAUAAUCAAGACAACAAAAAUCAAGAAAGAGGUAAAAGGGACAAAAAAGAUACACAAAACUUAGGAAACCGUAGAGAAACAAGACUUAACAUUGGCAAAAAUAAUAAUUCAUUAAUGACAAGAUAUUAUAAUUAGAUUAUGUAAGA